AUGGUGCCUAGUGUAGAGGAAAAUACCGCUACAAAUGGAGAUAUGACAACCGACAAAAAUAUAGCAGACGGCUUAUCAACGAUAAAAGUUGCAAUUUCUAACACUUUAGAAUCUUACACUUCUGUCGGAUCUUUAUUCAGAAGACGAAAAAAAAGCAAGAAACAAAUUGCUAAUAGUCUUAAUGAAGAAUGCACAGGAAAAUUUCCAGAUUAUUAUCCAGAAUAUUAUGAUGAGAAAUUUAAUAACGACCAACUGCAUGUAUCAUAUCGUACUCGGUGA